AUGUUUGAGGCUGCAAAUCGGGUUGGUUUUCACAAAUUGUUACACGAACACUAUAAACAGCUGACCACAAAAUGCGAACACGAAGAGGAUGAAGAAAAGGCAGAGGCAAUUUCAAGUCAACUUAGGAUCAUCUGCUGCGGUUCACUGCGCGGAGGCCGGCAAAAGAGAGGUCGCAGAGGAGAGGAGAGCCUCGACGUGACGCAACACUUGGGCGAGGGCGUGGCACUCGAGAGAGCGUGCCAAUGCCAGGGGGUGUGGCACUGGAGGACCGCCAUUGGUUAUAGGUGCCCUCACGUCCGCCUCAACACCCAUUCUUUCGUUGGGACGUUGUGGAUUAAAGAAGUUCUCUGUGGUGUUGGCGUGUCUUUGACUAAACGUGUUGUGCUGAUAUACUCCUCGGCUUAUUCUGAGAGCUGUGAGGAGCGCUGGCAGCCCGGCGAGCCCCCGCCAGCCAUGCACUCCCAGCGCUGCCCCGUGGCCAAGCUCCGCGCGGCCGCCCAGCAGAACACCAAGGGGCCGGGCUACUCGGACGUCCCCCAUGGCCUCUUCGGGCUGCGGGACCCGAAGCCCCCCAAGGAGAAGUUCCGCCGCAGCCAGAAGGAGCGCUCGGCCAAGAGUCCGGAGAAGGCGUCUUUCUUCCAGAAAUUUCACGGGGACGCCGCGCCCCCGCCUCUUCCCCCUCACCCGCAGAUGUACAGCGAGGACGCGUGGCACCCGGCCUUCGUUCCCGACGACCAGCAGGUGCUGUUCAACGACGCGCACCGCCUGGUGGGUCGGCCCGGGGAGUACCUUAUCUACAACGAGAACUGCGCCGUCCACGGGCACCGUCGGGCAUCGUCGGGGCACUACAUCCUUCCCAAGAGUGCCAGCUGCCCGGCCCCUGCCCGCCCCUUUACGAGGCAGAGCAUGGACGUCGAGCGCCUCAAAAACUGGCGUCGAAACUCGCUGACGUUGACAGCUCCCCGGAGCCAGGGUGAUGCCAGCCGCCAACGCGCAGCUUCGUCCGAAAGACACACCUCGAAACCCUCCUCUCGAUUUCGCUACGACCACUACGACUUGUCGUCGUCGUCGUCCGAGAGCAGCACGCCGUCCCUGCUGACACCGUCGUCGUCGUCGUCGGCAGUGAAGAGCGCCUCGCCGGACGACCCGCACAACCGGCGCUCGCAGUUUCGCCGCGCUUGGUCGCUCUUCAUCGGCUGCGACGAGAGCCCGAAGGAGAAGCCGCCGCCGCAGCGAAUCCUCCGGCAGCCGACGCGACACGUCUACCGGAGAGGUAUUUCGGGGCUGCCCAUCGAGUGUACGAACAGAUACCUGGGCGUCGCCUUCUGACACCCGCGGCCCGCUCGAUGUGAUGUUGUGACGCGCGUGAAGACGGGGGCGCUCUACUGGGGCUUGCACAAGAUGCUGAACGCCCUGUUCUGACGCCUAAGCGAAGGUUUCCAUAGGGAUGUUAUGACUAAUUCCGUAUGUUAGUUUUCUCAUCAUAAUGCCUAAUCUAAAAUUAUAAGGAUAUAAAAGAGCAGCUGUAUGCGUGUAAACGCGUGUAAGUGUGUAUGCGCGUCUGCAAAAAAAGAGGUUGGGAAAGGAGCUAGGUAUGUGAAAAUUUAUCUUUAUCUCUUUAUUUGUAGAAUAAUUUAGCAAUUGA